GAUUAGCUUAAACAUGUAAAAGACCUUACUAGACUUCAAGCUGCCAAUACAGAUCAUUUUGUUUAAUUGUUUAUUGAUGCAAUGUGUAGACUCAUUGCCAACUAAGAGAGAGUUGAAAAAAAAGCAUUGGACCAGAACGGAGAGGCUUUUCUGAGAUAUAAGAAAGAUUAUAAGUUCAACGACCAUCAAGUAAAGCCUGUGUUUCAAAUAUUCUAAGAGUAACGGGUUGAACAAUGACCUUUUCUUUAUUAGGGAUUGUUUUCAUGAUGACCUAUGACCUUGUUCAACCGCACAGCCCAAAAGUAUCUACUUACGUGCGAAUCCGAACUGAAUUACUAAAUAGGUCAGUCGCAGUUCAUAAAAUUUCACCGGAGCUGGACUGCACAGUAGGUCAACCUUUCGAGCUCAACUUCAAUCUACUUAUAUUCGAUGUUACAGAUUUCGACCAAAUCAGUCAGCAAAUGACCAUUAUAGCUCACGUGCAGACAGAAUGGAACCAGACUGACCUAUCCUGGAACAAGACAGACUACGACAACAUGGACGUCGUUCUCUUGGAGUCGUCUGCUAUUUGGACACCAACGAUAUACGUCAUAGUAGGAAGCAAGGAAUCGAUUACGUUCCAGCUGAACGACAAUCUGAUAGUGACAUCGAACGGGAAUGUUAAGUCCAUGAUUCAAACUUACAUAACGUUUCGAUGCCAAAUUGAUUUUAACAAAUAUCCUUUCGAUACCCAAACCUGCAGCUUUGGCUUUUAUAAAGAGGAUCUUCAUAUAUUUAAUUCAGACCUGAAGGCGAACUGUGAUCGAAUCAUUGUUCCUUUUGAUAACUAUACUAUCAAAGGAGAAUGGCAGCUAACGGACUUCUACUGCCACAUGACUCGAGACCUUAACAACGCGACACACUUCCGGUACUGGGUGGUGGCCCGACGUCGUUCUGUGUACUACGUCAUCACCGUGGUGUUCCCAAUGGUUCUGACGUCAGUGAUGAUCCCGCUGGUGUUUCUGAUCCCGACAAAAACCGGAGAGAAGAUUUCCUACCUGGUGACCAUGUUCACAUCCACAGCAAUAUUUCUAAGCUACAUCAGCACUGUGAUGCCCAGAAGUCUGACUAACCUCCCCUAUCUGAGUUUGCUGCUAGUGGAAGUCCUGUGUGAGGGGCUGUGUGCCGUGUUGGCUACGCUCUGGGUUGUGAACAAGUAUAACCUUCACCCUGUGGAUAUCAAACGAACAACAAAAAUCCAUCCAUCUACUGACGUUGGUACAGAUCAAAAGGAAACGCAUCCUGUAGAUUCUCUGGACAUUUCCAACGUCUCUAGAGACUCAAAUCUAGAACAUUGGUCAAAACUACAGCGUACAGAUAGAUUUUUGUUCAUUGUCUUUGCAAGUGUUCAGUUCCUGUUUCUUCUUUGUUUAUUCGCAGCUACAGAAUGGAUUCUGCAUUAAUGAUAUUCAGUUUUAGCUUGAAGCUAUGAUCUACAUUUUUUUUACCAAAAAUCACUGCGCUUUACAACAACGGAUCUUGAGAAUUAGUCACGUGGUUUUAAGCGAACUCUCCUGCUCUGUUCGACUUAUAAUAUAGUUUCUUUAAAAAAUGUUGUUAAUAUUAAUGAUUUGACAUAUUUAAUGUAACAACACUGAAAAUUUCAAUGAUUCAAUUGUUUAGCCAAAAUAAAAGCUGACCCAAGAGGAUAUUUUAGUUAUCUGAAAAAAAAAAACAAGCGAAUGACAAAAUAGCCUCCUAAUUGACCAGGAGCUCCUGGAAAUCUCCUGAAAUUGCAAAAUGUACGAAAAAGUCCAGGAAAUAUCCGGAAAUUAUUAACAUCUUUUGAAAACUCAAACUAAUCUCCUGAAAUAUAUGGACGAAAAUUGUCAUUUAGGGGUGAUAAAAAAAAUGGCAUUAAACAAUACCUGUAAAAUAUAAUCUGGUGAUUUUUAGGUCGCCCACCUAACUUUAAUGGGUACCCGACUUGAGUUGCGAAAAGUAAGGCGGUUGGUCGUUGUGCUGACCACAUGGCACCCAGCUCCUUAACAGUUGGCCAAAGAAACAGAUGAACUCAAACAUAGAUCGCAAGGUCUGAAAGGGGAACUUCCUCUUUUUACUUUUUUUAACAAAAUAAAACGUUUGAUAAGAUGUGUAAAGUUUUAAUUUGAAUUUUAAACUUAGUGAUUGACAAUUGAAGACACCGUGUUGAGGGUUGAGCAAAAAGCUAAUACAGAACAGGUAUUUGGGUGAGUCCACUUGUAACUCAAGCUAAAAUUUAAAGAUUUAAAUUGUUUUCUAAUUUUUACAGAUGAAGAUUGCGUGAUUUGAGUCCAAUCAAGCAUACAACCUUGACCGCUUUAGUUUAAUUACACUUUUUUUCUAAGCCUAAUCGCUUUGUUUUGAAAAUAAUAGUAAGAAAAAAUAUAUAA